CUUGAUUUCUUUCAAAUUAAUAUACUUACACGCAAAUAUUUUAAUUUAGGUAUUAUUUCAUUUACAAACGGUGGAUUCAAUAAAAACUACAGAUGAAUGUCGACAUGUCCGAUAUAAUUGAAUUUGCCUUGCCAGCGAAGACAACAGUUUACGAUCAUGACGGCGUUGAAGGCGAUGCUGGCAGCGACACUAACACCCGUUAUGUUGUGAUUUUGGAUGGGGCCGAGGGUGUUGGGACCACAGAACAACUACAUGUAUACAACGACGAAGAGUUUCUCAUUGUGAACGAGGACGUCAACGGCGAUGAGCUACUCAUAGACGAGGCUGAAUUGCAGCAACAGCUGCGCUCCUGCGACGACUUGCAGCAGUCGAUUCUGCGUGUGCCAAAAAGCGAACUUUUCUCAGAAGAUGACUUCAUAAUCACAGAGCAGGACUUGGGAAAUCUUGAGGAUUUGGUGGAGGAGGAUGGAGUAGAAUUAAAAUAUAAUGACUCGCCCGUGUCGACACCGCCACCGCCUCCUUCACAAGUGCUGCCGUCAAGGGUGUCGGCACUUGGCAAUAAAUACCCAAUGAAUAAAUUAAAAAACAACUCACAAAGUCUGAUACGUGACACACGUACGCAAAUGCUCCUGCAGCAACAAGACGAUGAUGUGGAUGAGGAGGAAGAGGACGACGAAGAGGAAGAUGAUGAAGAACUUCUGGCGCAGGAAAGUGACGACGAGCCGGCGACAGUGGUUAAGCCAAGCGAUAAGAUGAUGGAUGAAUUUAAAGGACCGCGUCGGUAUUUGCUAUUCGACGACCUAAUCGCCACCAUCGUUGACUUUGAUGAAGACAGCACACCCAUCGUGGAGUUCUCCAUGAUAAGCGGCGCCCAUGACGAAAAGCUGCCCGUUGAAUGCGGCAUCUGUCCAGACGUCAUGCACAAGACGAAACUCUCCAAGCAUCAAAAGACACACCUGGUACCUGGCACAAAUCGCUACGCUUGCAUCUACUGCACGGAGACAUAUCGGGAUUGCAAAUAUCUAGCCGGGCACGCUCGUCGUCAUAUGGGCAUACGUCCAUAUGUUUGCGAGCUCUGCAAGCUGUAUUUCUCCACAAAGCAAGACCUACGCGUCCAUAACCAGCGCCGACAUUUGGAGAAGGAGCACAUAUGUGAAAUGUGCGGCAAGACAUUUGCACAGAAUACGCAACUUAAGCGACAUCGGGAGGCGACACAUGAAAACAAGCGUCGCUUCCAUUGUCAGUACUGUGAGAAAGCGUACUAUAAGAACUUCUCGCUUCAAGAGCAUAUACGCAACGUACAUAUGGGCAAGCGGCGAAUGUUGUCUUGCCCCUUCUGCGGCAUGCAAUGUCGCGACGCUCACAAGAUGGCCCGGCACCGCAAGGAUAUGCAUUUAAACCAGGACUCGUAUGUGUGUCACCUGUGUCAGGAGGAGUUCACCGACAUCAACUACUUUGAUGCACACAAACGCUCUAUACAAUGCCGCAGCAACACGCGACGCCUUGUCAAGGAGCAACGCGAUACUCCUAACGACAUCGUUGACGAUGAGGAGGCGAUAGGCAUGCUGGAGGAUGAGUUUGACGAGGACGCUGGCCUACUCAUUGAAGGCGUUGGUGAUAAUGAAAUCGCCGAUGUCGAGGUAAAGGACGACGACUGUCAAACUCAUAAUGGGACACAGCAGUUUGUUGCACAGUAUAACUACGACGAAAGUCAACUGGUGGAGAACGCUGUGGAUGAGGGGCUGCUUGAUGAUGAGCAAUAUUUGGAGAUGGAGGACAUCCAGCAGCACUUCCAGCCUCAACAGUCUCAGCAACAUGUCCAAACGGUUCAAUACCAACAACAACUUAGUCAAGAGUUCAUCGGCGAAGAUCUGAUUUAUGAAAUCACAUUGGAAUCGGAGGAUAAUUGAAUAUACAGACCCAAUUGCAUAAAAUAUAUAACAUAGAAACAAUAAAUUUUUUAAACCUAUACACCUAAGACUUCGUACAUUUAUAAAUAUGUAUGUAUGUUGUACACCUUAUAUCUAAUAAAGAGCGCUCUUAUUGCAAACAGA